CUUGAGCGGUUGCGCUGCGCACGCCCCUGAUGGAUCAUUCUAAUUCAGCGAUCCUCUCUGGGUAGAUGUGGAACAGUGCGGGUGAUAGUUUCAGGGAGAGAAUCCGUGCGCGAGAGCGUGCUCGGUCCUAUCUGAAUAUGUAUUACUAAAACAGAGAGGCAGAGGAAGGAGGAGAAGAUAGAGGCGGGAAAGGUUCGUGUCUGGCUGGCAUCAAGGGUUGAAGCAGAGAGAUCAUCAGUGGCGGACAGAUCAGCAUUUUGCGCUCCCUUUGUGGAUUUGAUGGAUAUCUGAUCAGCGGAUGUGAUGCCCAUAUAUAUCAUCGACCGAAAAUUUCCUGAUAUUUCUGGUGAGUCGAUACCGCUGGGUGGUGAAAGAGAGGACCUGAGAAUGACAGAAACCAGUACCCCGAAAUCGGCAAAGAAGCCCCGCUGGACCUCUCUGGAAAUUGGCCUCAUUACUAUUGUCUCUUUGCUCUUCAUUGUUAUCGUUGCCCUCAUCAUCCUUUUUGCCACCCAGAAGACUGAUGAAAUUUGCACGACAGCUGAUUGCACGCAGUCAGCAUCUCGCCUCAUUGAGAACAUGGAUGCCACUGUGGACCCUUGUGACAACUUCUAUCAAUAUGCCUGUGGAGGAUGGCUGAAAAAGAACAUCAUCCCAGAGACCAGCUCCAGAUACAGCACAUUCGACAUCCUAAGAGACGACCUAGAGGUCAUCCUCAAAGGUGUCCUUGAAAAGACGGUGGAGGGGGAGGCUGCUGCUCUCACCAAGGCUAAGACACUUUACAAGUCCUGCACAAAUGAGAGUUUAAUUGAGCAGAGAGGGGGAACUCCUUUGCUCGAAAUGCUGCCAGAUGUCUCUGAGUGGCCCAUUGCUGUGGACAACUGGGAGGAUGACUAUGGGAAAACCUGGAGGUUAGAGGAUGUCAUUGCCAGGUUAAAUGAAAAAUAUGGAACUCAACUCUUGGUUAACUUUUUCGUUGGCACAGACGACAGAGACUCCACUUCAUAUAUCAUUCAUUUUGAUCAGCAAACAAGUCUUGGUCUCUUGUCCCGUGAUUACUAUGCAUGUGAAGGUCCUUAUGCAGAGGCAUGUCGGGCUUAUGAGCAGUUCAUGAUUGACCUGGCUAAGCUGAUCCGCUCUGACCGGGGACUAACAAUCAAUGAAACCCGCAUAAGAGAAGAAGUGACGCGAGUGGUGGACUUGGAGAGAGAUAUUGCCAAUGCCACUGACACACCAGAGGAUCGGAACAACCCUGUAUUACUUUAUAACAAGAUGGAAUUGGGGGAGCUGAACAGCAACUUCACACUUGAGAUUGAAUCACAGGUAUUCAAUUGGAGUUACUUCACUGCUAAGAUAAUGGAUACAGUCAAUAUCAGCAUUCCAGAGUCAGAGAAAAUCAUCAACUAUUCCCCCAACUAUUACAGAAGACUCAACUUUGUAUUAGCCAAAUACACCAAAAGGGAUCUGCAAAACUACAUGGUGUGGCGGUUUGCUAUGAACAUGGUGGUGGGGCUGAGCCGAUCUUACAGAGACACCAGAAAAGCUUUCCGCAAGGCUCUGUCUGGUACAACAUCAGAGGUGGCUGUGUGGCGACAGUGUGCGCUGUAUGUCAACAACAACAUGGACAAUGCUGUGGGACGGCUCUAUGUGCAGGAGGCUUUCUCUGAAAAGAGCAAAGAGUUGAUGGAGGAGAUGAUCAAAGAUAUUCGUGAGGUUUUCAUCAGCAACCUUGAUGACCUUGCCUGGAUGGAUGCAGACACCAAAAAAGCAGCUGAAGAAAAGGCUCGAGCUAUUCGUGAACGCAUUGGCUAUUCUGAAAACAUAAUGGAUGACAAAUAUCUAAACAAUGAGUACAAAGAUCUGAGCUACAGUGCAGAGGAGUACUUUGAAAACAUCCUGCAGAAUCUGGAGUAUGUGCAGAAGAAACGCCUGCGGAAACUGCGAGUCAAAGUCAACAAGGAGGAGUGGGUAACUGGAGCCGCUGUUGUCAACGCCUUCUACUCGUCUAGCAAAAACCAAAUAGUGUUUCCUGCAGGUAUCCUUCAGCCACCUUUCUUCAGCAAAGGCCAAGCUAAGUCUCUUAACUACGGUGGCAUCGGCAUGGUAAUUGGUCAUGAGAUUACCCAUGGCUUUGAUGACAAUGGUCGCAACUAUGAUAAGGAUGGUGACCUAAAGGACUGGUGGACACCUGACUCCACUCACAGAUUCUUAGAGCUUUCAAAGUGCAUAGUUGACCAAUACAGCAACUUUUCCUGGGACCUGGCUAACGGACUACAUCUGAAUGGUAACAACACCCUUGGGGAGAACAUUGCCGACAAUGGAGGAAUUCGACAGGCGUACCAGGCAUACAAGAACUUUGUGAAGCACAAUGGAGAAGAGCCACCACUGCCUGGGAUUGACCUUUCACACGAUCAGCUCUUUUUCCUUAAUUUUGCUCAGGUGUGGUGUGGAACACAUCGACCAGAGCAAGCUGUUAAUUCCAUUAAAGUAGAUGUACACAGUCCAGGAAAAUUCAGAGUACUGGGAUCCCUUCAGAAUUUCCCAGAGUUUGCCAAAGCAUUCAACUGCAACAAAAGCAGCUAUAUGGUCCCUGACAACAUUUGUCGUGUAUGGUGAUUUAAAGACUUCUGGGAGGGAUUUUUCUGUUCCCUGUUUCUACCCGUACAGUACCUCUUCCCUCUAAAUGCUGGAUACCUCAUAGAGGGCUAGAGGGAGGCGGAAGCCGCUUUUACCGAAUGGACCAUGGCUGUUCAACACUGCAGUAUGCACUUCAACCAAGCAGUAGAUGUUACCCCUCACGAGCCGGACAAACUCAAACCCAUAUCUAUUAAACGUUAAUACUGUAGUCCAAUAAGUCAGCUCUUUAAUCUUCUGUUCACCAGGUACAAUCAAGCCCUGUUUUUCUUUCUUUCUCAAAUGCUUAUCACUUGAGCCUGCCAUUGUUUUUUUGUGGGCGCAAAUGUGAGUGUGUUUCAGUUAAAAUGCUUUACAAGUAGUAGGCAAUCGAGUGGUGGACAGAAAAAUGUGUUCAACCCACUCACACAUUAAUGCGCCGCCUACUCACUCGCAUACAUGCAACAGGGCCGAACCACUGUAUUGUAUGUGGGACUUUGCUGGAACUCUCAUUAUCCUCUGCUGUUUUCACCCUUUGUCUAGUCUCCAAGCAGAUAUUCUCUUAAUUAUGUCACCAUGGACUGUUUUGUUUUAGUUUGAUUAAAUAAAUGGUCACAUAAUCAGAAGAUAUUUUGUCCUGUGAAAAAAUAAUUAUUAUUCGGGAUCCAAUAUUAAAAAGUUUUAGUCUUUAUGUUGAUAGAUUUUUUCCCCUGGGUCCGCUUUUUAUUAAUGUGAGGAUUAACCAAAAUUACAUUUUGUUGAUUUGUUUCUUUAAAUGGCCAUAAAUAACUGAGAUGACAAUCUAAAUAUUCCAGACCUUUAACAUAAACUGUCCCGAGCCUCCAUAUUUUCUGUGAAUGUUGUUUAAUAUGCUUUGUAUGUCAAAUUAUCACUGCCUGCUGUUGGCCAAGCUAAUUGGUAUGCCUUAUGAUUGUUAAACCACAAGUGUGCAUUAAUGAGAACAAAGAAUCUGAAUAUAUAAAUAUAUAUAUAUGUAUUAAAAAAUAGUUUAACUUUUUA